AUUAUCGCGAGUCGGUUGCGCAGUCGUGCGUCACACGCGAGCGUGCCUAGAUAAACAAUUUCAACUUUAUCUCGCUCAAGAAAAUAAAAAUUUGCAUCAUUCACGACGCAAAAGCUUACAGUCCUUUCAAACCGAGUAAGAUGGCGCUGAGUUCGGUGUUGUGUGAUGUGUAGAUGUCGCUGUGGAAAUGUCGUUGCACAGUAUUCCUUUUGUGUUGCAUCAAUGGAACACAAGGAGGAAGAAGUUUGUCGAAUAUUUUGGUAAUCGUGAACAAAUAACACUCUGUUUCGUUUGACAAGUACCUGAAAACAGUUGUCGCAAAAGCAAAGAAUCUGAAAUAUUAGAGCAAGUCAAAGAAAAAAAUUUGAAAGCUAAAAAAUGCCGGACGUGUCUAGUCUGACUCAUUUCCCCUUAAAGGUGUCGAAAGAGGAGAGGAUAAGAUUCAAAACGAGCGCGUAGCGACGGUGGCGCGGCUGAACGGGGAAGGAGUGGCGCCACUGAUGGGCUAUAAGAGCCGCAUCGGUGAGGCGGCGUGGUUCAGUAGUGUGCGUGACCGUUCCGGGAGGAGGGUGGCUCCACGCGCGGCCACACCGCGAAACCGUGCCCACUCGCCUCGACCACGAACGUCCACUCGUUUUCUCGUCUCGUGAAAACAUGGCGGCCAGCGACGACGAGCCGAUGCAUCUCUACGAGGUCUUUCAGAACUGCUUCAAUAAGAUCGCCAACAAGCAUCCCGAAAAACUAGGCUUCCAGUCGCCGUAUGGCCCCACAAUGGACAACGGAAUGACGUAUGGCGGAGGAACGUUCGGUCCAACGGCAGGAGGGCCAGGCGGGGGGCCAGGGGGAGGUGGAGGUGGUGGCGGAGGCGGUGGCGGCGGAGGCGGCGGUGGAAAUGGAGGCGGCGGAGGUGUCGAGGGUGCCACUUACCCCCCGGACUCGCCGUACUUCCCGUUUGGAAGCCGUGGUGUACCGCCCUCCGUGGGGACGCCCACCCCUGCUGCUAAUCCUGCAGCACCCGCCGGCACCAACGGUGCAGCCCGGUUACCAAAUUCGACAGCCGGUGCCGGAACCGUGAAGAGGAAGAAGGACCAGGCCUUGGACGGAGCGGACGGCGAGGUGGUAACGACGCAGCAUUGGUAUGGCUCGGAUGAAUUCGGCCAGGACUCUCCGAGAUACACCUCCCCCAAAGCUGCAGCCCUCUACGCAGACCCCUACUAUAUCGAUGGAAACGCUGCAGGAACGGGUCCAGGGGACCCAUGGACGGGAGGUGGAGGUGGCGUGCAACCUCCGUACAGCGGCUACGCACCCCCUCACCUGGCCCAACCAGCAUACCCUAUGCACCUACCACACGACCCCAUGGCGUACUCGGCGAUGUCGCCAAACGGAGAACCGGCAGCACCGAUUCUGGGCUCGGCGGUGACCAGCGCGGCCUCGUUGCCACCAAUGUCGACAUUCCGGGGUAGCGGCGCAGUUGCGGCAAAUAGUGGUACCGGUGCACCAUCCCCGGCAUCGUUGCAAUAUAGUCAUAGUCCUGGUGCACCGACCACCGCACCCUCCGCCCCCAAUUCUGCUCCCACGACGAACCAGCAACCCGCCACGGGGGACAACCUUGGCAAGACUCUUGCAUCUGUAGUAAGCACCAGAAUUUACCCCACGGACCAAUCAGUAUCGAGUUAUAGCAGCAACCCAUCCACACCAGUCAGUUCGCCACCACCUUUGACAGGUUCGGCGCCAGGUUGGGCACCGGGUACAGCGCCUGUUUCUCCCCAUUUCACGGCGGAUCCCAAUCGUGGAACCAUCCACAUGCCGGCGCCUGAACAGCAGAGGCUAGACGAUGCCAUCGGCUUUCUUCGCGACCAUGCCGAGUUGGUACAGGGUACGCGGAUGGAGGAACGACUGGACGAUGCCAUAAACGUGUUGAGGAACCACGCGGAGAGCCAAUUAGGCCUUCAUCUGGGUCCCGUUGGUCCACACGGUUCCAUUUACUCUCACACAUCACCACCUCAGCUAGACCAUUUGACGAGUCCCCACCCUGCUGUAGCAGUAACGCAACCACAGGGCUCUUACUCCGGUCUGACGCCCACGCCCGACACGGACGGCUCCAUCAAAAUCGAAAGGUUACCUGUGACGAAUGCCAAAUACGUUUCUUUAGAAAAGAGAAAGGAGCCGCCAGACAGUAGCGGCGGCGAGACGAAACCUUCGAGUAGCGAGCUGGCGGCAGCGGGCGUGAUCGGCGCGGCCACCGUCAACUCUACGUCUCAGGGAAAAGGGACGAAGAGGUCGCGUAGAUAUUGUUCGAGCGCCGAGGACGAGGAUGACGAUCCCGAUGUGAAGGCGCAAAGGGAGAAAGAGAGGCGGCAGGCGAAUAACGCUAGGGAAAGGAUACGCAUCAGAGACAUCAACGAGGCGUUGAAAGAGCUUGGUAGAAUGUGUAUGACGCAUCUAAAGACGGACAAACCUCAGACGAAACUGGGUAUCCUCAACAUGGCUGUCGAAGUGAUCAUGACGCUGGAACAGCAAGUCAGAGAACGAAACCUCAAUCCAAAGGCCGCGUGUUUGAAGAGGAGAGAAGAGGAAAAGGCAGAGGACGGGCCUAAACUACCUGGUCACCUAGCGGCGCACAUAGCUCAUCCUCAUCCUCAUCCUCACGCGCAUUCUCAGCCACCUUUCUCCGCGAUGCCUGGCCCACCGCCGCCACUUCAACACAAUCCAUCGCAGCCGCAGUAGCAGCGGCUCAGCGGCGCGAAUUGGGCCGGAUCGAGGAUUUUAGUGACGUUUUCGUAUAAUUUUUGAAGCAUUAAAGAUAUCCCGGAACGAGGCUCGGACUUCCUGUCUCUCAAGAUCUCCCGAUAACCUUAAUGAUUCGAAAAUCGUACGGGGAUGUCGCGGUUAUUUGGAAACCGUUAAAGAUAUCGGAAUGAGGUUUGAAAGGCAAUGAGAACUGCGAGUUGUUUUUUUUUUUUUUUUUUUUUUUACGAUAGUCCUCGGUGAUUGGUGAUAAGAAAGAGAGAGAACGAAAGAAAAAAAGGAAAAACAAAAACUACUGUACAUAGAAGAGACGACUGUUUUCGCGAGCGUUCAAGUGUGAAUCGAAGUCGCGUGAAGUUCGUUCUGGCAAACUUUCUGUACUUACGCGUACGAGCAUGAUCGACGGAAUGGUCGUUGGAACGACGACCGACAAAAAGGAAAUGAAAAGGAAAAAAAAAAAUAUACACACACAUACACACGUAUACACUCAUAAACACACAAAUAAGAGAGGAGAAGAAAUUCGUGUUGAACGGUGCAAGCACAAAAAAACCAUUAACGAUUCGGACCAUGUGAAAACGCGGCGAAGUUUAUGGAGCACAAGUGCAAAAAUUUUCGGUUAAAAUUGCAGUAUGUAAAACGAUAGGUGGAAAACGAGAAGUGAAUCACCUUAUCCAUCGAAUGCGAAAAAAAAAAAAAAGAAAGAAGAGUUCAAACAUAUCUCUCGCAGAAUUGUAUAUAUACAGCAGUGACGUACGCCUAAUCAAUUACCUUAUUACGAUUAUUUUUAUUAUUACUAUUAUUAUUAUUAUUUUUAUUAUUAUUAUUAUUGCCGUCAUCAACGUGACGAUGGUUAUUAUUAUUUUUAUUGUCACGAUAAUGAUUUUAUUAUUAUUAUUAUUAUUAUUAUUAUUAUUAUUAUUAUUUUUAUUAUUAAUAAUUAUUACUAUCAUUGAUUGAUGAUCGCCGAGGAGAUCCUUCCUGAGAGUAAAAAGAAAAAGGGGGGGGGGGGACAUUUUUGUUUUUGAACAAAAAUAUAGCUCAACUCAAUGUGUACCCAGUUGCCAUGUAUUUUAAUUUAUUUAGAUUCUAAAAUAAAUUUUAUUAAAUAAAAGGGAGGAAUAAAUGACGAAGAAAAGGAACGACAGCGAGAAAAAUAAAGCAACCAAAACGAUUGACACGCGUGUUGUCGUCAGUGCCCGUGUUUUUGCUCCGUCUCUUUCCGUUCUUCGCUCUUUUUCUUCUUUUCCUUCUUCUUUCUUUUUUCUUCUCGCUUCUUUUAAUUUUCCGUUUUUUUUAUUUAUCUUAUUAUUAUUAUUAUUAUUAUUAUUAUUAUUAUUAUUAUUACUUUUUCUGCCCCUUGAAGAAAGAGGAAAGUUAGUCUCCAUCGUCCAUCCGGCCCGCGUCUCCGGCCGUUAACGCGAUCAAAUCGACUUCUCCUAGGACAUAUCACGCGUAAUCACACAGCUAUAUUUUUCUUCAAAGGCAUAUCGAACGUUUCGCACGGUCCUUAGAAGGCAAGGAAUUUCUUUACAUGCGUGUGUCUCGCUCUCUCUACCUUUUGUGUUCCUCUCUCUCUCGCUGUUCUCUCGAAUCCGACCGAUUUCUUAUUUAUUUCCUUUGCUCUUUGCUCGUCUAAAACGACGUCACCGAAAAACGAACGAGAUAGGAAGAAAAAAAAAAAAAAAAGAAAACGAUUGCACGAGAAACCGAAAAUAAAAAGAAGAAAAUGAAGGAAGAAACGAGAAUAUAAACGUAGGAUCAGGACCGUGGAAACAGGCCGCGUAUGAGUAUAUCGAAGUUGCAGAUAUCGUGUCUGUGUUCUCGGACCACGAGCAGCCCGAUCGAUAGACAUAACUCGCACAACCUCGCUUUAACUUUUAAAUCGAAAUUUUCAACGUCGAGAUCGCGCCGCGUCGCGACUCGUAUUAUCUCCGAAAGAGAGAGAAAAAGAAAAAGGAACAAUGGAAGAAGAGGGGAGGGGGAAGAAGAAAAAAAAACUCGCGAGAAAGUUAUAAAAUCAAGACGACGAGAAUUCUGUGUUAACGACGCGUUAGGAGAUCAGCGGCGAGAUUCAUGGGAGAUAAAAAGAAAAAAAACUAGGCACGAAGACACGCAUUACGCAGAUGCGAUCACGCACUUAUAUCCGCGAAUGGUAAUCAUGUAAAAUAAUAACGACAAUAAAUAGCUCGUAAGCCCGUCUCUAAGCUAGGCACACCUGUCGAUAGUCUUAGAUAGUCGAAAUGAAGGAAACGAAGGAAACGAAGAGAAAGAGAAAAGGUGAAGAGAGUGCGUAACUCGGCUAUACAAGUUUGAAGAAAGAAAAAGGAAGGAAAAAAGGGUUCGAGGAUCGCGAAAAGAAGGGCGUCCAGCCGCGCAGUUCUCUACUAUAUUCGAUUGUCAUCACGAUAUGUCGAUUGCAUAUUUCGACACACACACUCUCUCUCUAAGUUGUGUUCGUUCGUUCGGUUCUAUGCUUUAACUUGUUCCUCCCUGGCCUUUUCCCUUUUCUUUUCGUUCGUACGGAUCGCAGAUCACAACGGGGUGGGCCUGUGGCUCGUUUCGUUUCGCCCGAGCCCGGAGGAUCGCAUCGAUCGUGUUUGAAAUCGGAUCGCGCGCGACGUCGCGAAUUUGAAAGUUUCUCGGCGUUGUGCCCGAACUUUGAAAUUCGCGGAACGACCCGAAUCGAUGUGGUCUUUCUCGAUUAGUAGUCGACCGCGUGUAACUUUUGUCGUUGAGCGAAACGGUGAGGGGAAGGAGUUGGGGGUGGGAGGGGAGAAAGAGAAAAGAGAACGAACAUGAAGAGCGUGUAUCGGGACAGUGCGCUACAAAGUUUCGUACGAUUAAUUGAAUUAGUAAUAAUUGCGCGAUCGACGUACGACGACGCCGACGAAUCCUCUCGUUCGCCCAGGACACGAUUGUCGACAAGUGAAAGAUAAAAAUCACACAUGUAUAUUAGAUCUUAACGAACAUUAUUGUAUAAUAUGUAAUUAAAGGAGAGAGAGAGAGAGAGAAAAAAAAAAACGUACGCAGGUCUGGCGUGUGGCAAAGUUUUCGCGUGACACCGGGCCUUAGGAGGAUAAAGAAACUAUAUUUCCGACAAUGCAUGCGAUUGUUAACUGAAGAA